AUGCCCGUCUACUGCGUAACAGGAGCCAAUCGAGGCCUCGGUCUCGAGUUCGUCCGCCAAAUCGCUCUAGACUCCUCCAACACCGUCCUCGCCACCACGCGAGCCAACGCCGACACCAGCGACCUCAAGAAAGCCUCAUCCUCAAACACUCACAUCCUCGAGUGCGAUGUAUCCGACACCAAGUCCAUCUCCUCCUUCGCUUCCCAAGCAUCCAAGACCCUGAACGGCGGAAAGAUCGAUUAUUUGAUAGCAAACGCAGGCGUCAACUCUGUCCCUCACCAGACAUGUCUGGAUAUCAACGCCAGUGACCUGCACCGGGAGCUUGACAUCAAUGUGAUGGGACCAGCAAAUCUUACCGCUAUCCUGCUGGAGAACUCCCUUUUGGCGUCCAAUGCGCGGGUUAUGAAUAUGACUUCUGGACUUGGGAGCAUGACCAGGUCUCUUGGGAUCUCGCCGCGGAAGUGUGCCACGUAUUCGAUCUCCAAGGCGGGAGUGAACAUGUUGACUGUGCAUCAGAGUGGUGUGUUGAGGGAGAAGUUGGGAGAAAAGUGUAUAGUGAUGUGUAUGGAUCCUGGCUGGGUGAAGACGCGGAUGGGUGGGGAUGGAGCGAUACUGGAGCCCGAAGAGAGCAUCGGAGGCAUGCUGAAGGUCUUGAAUGGACUGAAGGAGAAAGACAAUGGGAAGUUUUACCAGUAUGAUGGACAGGAAGUUGGCUGGUAG